CAGCAAACGUCAAAUUCACGUGUAUGGAAACAAAAAUACAAAAAAAAGUGAUUUUCGUUUUUUUUUUAUGAAAAAAUGUUUUAUUUGAUUGGAUUGGGACUCGGCGACCCAAAAGACGUCACAAUAAAAGGCUUGGAAAUCAUCAAAAGAUGCGAAAAAGUGUAUUUGGAAGCAUAUACUUCAAUAUUAUCGUGUGGCAAAGAAGCAUUGGAAGAGUUUUACGGAAGAGAGUUAAUAAUCGCUGAUAGGGAUCUUGUUGAGCAAGGAGCUGAUGAUAUUUUAUCGAAUGCUGAUUCAAAAGAUGUCGCAAUGUUGGUUGUUGGAGAUCCAUUUGGAGCUACAACUCAUACGGAUUUAAUUUUACGAGCCAAACAAUCCGGCAUCAAAUUCGAAGUUGUUCAUAAUGCCUCGAUUAUGAAUGCUGUUGGAUGUUGCGGAUUGCAAUUGUAUAGUUUUGGAGAAACAAUUUCUAUCCCCUAUUGGAGCGAUACAUGGAAACCGGAUAGUUUUUAUGACAAAAUAAAAGCGAAUGUCGACCAUGGAUUACAUACGCUGUGUUUGUUAGACAUAAAAGUGAAAGAGCCUACUUUGGAAAGUUUAAUGAAGAAAAAAAGAGAAUACAUGCCGCCUCGAUUUAUGAGUGUAGCUGAAGCUUGCGAGCAAUUAUAUCAAAUUAUUGUAAAAAAACGUAACGAAGGACAAGAAUUGGCGUACACAGAAGAGAGUUUGUUCGUUGGAUUGGCAAGAGUAGGGCAUGAAACUCAACAAAUUGUUGCUUGUUCACUCGAAAAAAUGAGAAAUUUCGAUCUUGGAGCACCUUUACAUUCGUUAAUUCUGCCGGCAAAGGAAUUACAUCCGUUGGAAACGGAGUAUUUGGAGCAAUUUUUAAUGAAAUAAAGGAAAUUC